UUGGCAGAACUCUUCCAUCCGUCUGUAGAAAAAGAAUAAUCCUAAUCUUUCAUAUUGCUCCGUUGAAAAUUAGAAACUACUUUGCGAAUAUUUAGAAGUGCCUUUUAUAAUCUAUGUGAGAUUCAACGGCUUUUUUUUUAUUGUUAUUGAGAUAGCAGAAACGUCUGUUUGUGGAUAGCGUGCCUUUGUUUGAAGGAUGUAGCGUUUGUUUACAUUCUAGAAAGACGCGUUCGUCUGUGGAUUUAUUUAGAUUUUUGUGUGUGAUAUGUACUUGUGGAUUAACCAUGUGCAGCGUGGUGACCAAUAGCGGAGGGGAGUCAAGCGAGCCCAGUUCUCCGUCGAGGCCCGCCACCCCCAUGCCUCCCCUGCCCACUCAACAUUGUCCUUAUGAGUGCCUGCGCGCAGACAGCGAGGACAGCGGACUGGGUCCCAGUCCAGCUAAAUCGCUGGUUAACCCCACUUCACCCGCUUCGCCUUUGCAGUUCUGCAAUGACUCAGAUUCUCUCUUGGACCUGAGCCCACGUACCGACAACAGUUACGAGUCAGAUAAGAGUCCCGAUGACACCUUCUAUAACCUUGAAAAGACUCCGGCCAAGAGUGGGUCUGCCUUUAAGUUCCUUCUGUCGUCCAGCGUCAAUGGCAGCACAACGCAGUUUCUAAGAGGUGGCGAAUCCUCUACUGAAUCGUCGCCUCCUCCCUUCUGUGAAGACGACCACCAGUUCGAGACCUCUCCCUGUACCGAUGGGAGCAGCCCAGAGGACUAUCACCGACAGACAACACCAUCACCUCUACUGGCUGAUGGUGAAUCUUCUACUUCACCUUCUUCGUUCUUCGACGAGCAGGCUUGUCAAGACCAUCCUUUCCAAACGACUUCUCACUGUGGUGAUAGUCCACAUCGACAAACGACACAGUUCCCCUCGCCUCUUUUAGGGCGUGAUGAAUCCUCCACUUCGCCGAACUCGUUCUUCGACGAGCAGGCUUGUCGUGACGACGACCAUCCAUUUCAGACUAUUCAAAACUCUCACCAUCGCCUUAAUCCCCAGGUGUUGCUGAUCCGAUCCAACUACAGCGACGGUGGGGGAUUCACUGAACUGACCACCACUAGUAGCGACUGCACUUCUUCCAAUUGCAGUCAAGUUGACCCGCAAAGUUCCAGUACAUCUGGUAGUUCAGAUGAUGGUGAUUGUAAAUGGCUCGGCUGCCAUCGGUUAGCAGACGACAACACAACUGAGACGGACCUCAUUGACCAUAUCCGGCAGUGCCAUGUCCAAAGCCAGCCGGACGACAAUAAGAGCUAUGUCUGCCUUUGGAUAGGAUGCAAGGUGUACGACCGUCCGUCCUGCUCUCGCAGCUGGCUGGAACGGCACGUCUUACUACACGGCGGCAGCAAGCCUUUUCGGUGUAUCGUAGACGGGUGUCGGCAGCGUUUCAGCUCUGAAGGCAUCUUAGAGAGGCAUGUCAACUCUCAUUUUCCGCACAAGGAGAGGUCGCACAGGGAAAGGUUCAUAAGGAGAAGGAGACACAAAUACAGGAGAAGACCGCAGUCUAAUAAAGCAAAGGAUUUUUUUGAUGAUGCAUCCAUGGAACAUGUGAGACACAAUUUGUUCCAGCUCAGUUCCAUAGAAGGAAUGAACUGUGGGGGUCCACCUUCUGCCAUUACAUUCCAUAGCACAGUUGUUGGAAGAAGAGUUGAUCCUACAGGCAAAGUACAUAUUCUUCUUCACUGGAAUCCUGAAGACAUGAUACCAGACUCAUGGAUACCCGAAUCCGAAAUCCUUUCCAAUCUCCAGAAAACCAUUCCACUUUCCAAACUACCUCGACAAGCCCUUCAGCUGCCCUCGAUGGUCGCACUCAGCAAGACAGGGAUUGUUGCACGUCCAGGGAAACGCAAGCGCAAGUGAGAGAUUGAGAAAAUUAAAAAAAAAAAAAUGAUUAAAAAAUGACAAAACUUAUCACCAUUUAAGUGCCACAUCCAACAGCUUGUGGAAACUUCUAAUCUUCAAGCCUCGCUCUCAUCACAUCAUCUGUGUCAUUCAAGUCACUUCCAAAGUACCAUUUGCAGUACUUUUCAGUUGUGUAAUUUAUUUUUGUGGCCUUUAGUGUACCAUCACCUAUUGCCAUCAGAUUUCUUUGCAUGAAGUUUGGAGAGAAUUGAACCGAAAAGGGUUGAAACUGAUAAAUAAACACUGCUGGGUCUCUCAGAAUGUCAGGUCUGCAGAGUGCCUUUUUUCACCCUUAUAACUUCUACAUUCACCUGUCUCAACUUAUCCUAGUGACAAUUUGUGGAACAGACAGGUGACAAUUGUUUUUGAAAAAAAAAAAAAAAAAAACUUAAAAAAUACGAAGUUGACAAAAUAAUACCUCAAGAGAAUGAUAUGGAGUUAAUAUAUUUGCUGGAAUGCAAAAAGCUGGAUCUCAUUUUCCUGUACUUUAUACUUACAUUUGCGUUUGCUGUAAUAUAUUUUGAGAUUUUUCUUGCUUUUUUGCAGUGGAAUGAUUCUGUAAAUCAAAAUAAUUGAUGUAAUUUAUUACUGAAUAUUAUUUAUUAUCUAUGGACCUUAUAACUUUAUUAAAAAGUAGGAUUUCUUUUCUUCAAAUAAGUAUGAAAUAUUUUGCAAAUCCCACAAUUAUUGUUUUGUUGGCUAUUUUUUUUGGGUGUGAAUAUCCAUAAUUUUUAUUUUAUUAUUAUUUUCAUGUAUGCAUUUUUGAUCUUAAAAAUUGUUUUUUUAAACACACCUCUUGAUCUACUUAUUAAUUUCUUAAUAGCUUAUAAUUUUGUCUUAUUAUUAAUUUGAAGUUUUAAAUUGAAGGGGUUCAAGACAUCGCUUUUGUAUGCAUGAAAUAUUUUAAAUAUUCAAUAACUAAGAUUUAUUCUGAAAUGCAAAAAAAAUAUAAUGUUCUGUUUAAUUACAAUUUUUUUUAUUUAAAUUGUUGAAACUAUUUAUGUUACAGUACAUGUAUUUUUAAACAAAAACUACUUAAUGAUAUUUAAAUUAUUUAAAAAUUAUCUUUUGUAAUUGUUGAAAUGGUAUUGAAAGUACUUAUUGUAAACUGAAUAUUUAGGAAAGAAUGUCAAAAAAAGAAGAAGAAUCAAAUCUGAAAUAUUGGAGGAUUACUGUUAUUCUGUGUGUAAAAUUUUUUUAUACUGUUGAAUAAGUCAAAGCCUAAACAUCAUCACUAAAUGAUUUUCAGUAUCACUGCCUAUUGUCAAUAAAGUACAAGGUGAACUGUUGGCAUAUAACUGUAAUUCAAAAUGUAUAUCAACUAUUUUUAUAUCAUUGCCAUGUAGAAAGAAUUGUUGAAAGAUAUAUCACUCAUAAAAAAAUUGCACAGAAGAGGAAUUGGAAGGUCUGGAGGAUGUUUUUCUGCAGUAUCAAAAAGAAAAAAAAAAGUGAAGAGAAGUGAUUAAAGUGUAGAUAAAUUAGCCUCAGUUGGUGUGAAUAGUGGUUUAUAAUGUUGUUCUCAUGGAAUUGUCAGUGUUAAUAGGAGCUCUGUGCGCUAUCGUAUGUCUUGUAUUUUACUAUGCCAUGUUUUGUGUGUCAUGUUUUUAUUUUCUUAUCUUUGGCUAUAUUAUUGGACUUCUUCCUGUGGACAUGAGUUUCAGCAAAGCCUAAGUAAAUUAAUUCCAUUCAAAUUGUACAAAAAUGUCAAAUUUACAUUCUAAAUUUUAAUGCCAUUCCUGUCUCAAAAACAAUUAUGUGGAUAGCCUAUUUUUUUUUUUUUUUUUUUCAAUCUAAGAAUUAUUUGUUUUUCUCCCUUAUUUCAUCAUCUGAAAAUGUAAAACAAUUUAAGAACUGUUCUUCUUAAUUAAAAAAAACUAAUUUGGAUAUAAUUAAAUUAUUGUUAUUUAAAAAAAUCCAACUAUAAUAAUUCGGAAUGAUGUUUUUUUUAGUUGUCUUGGGAAUUUAUAAUAUCCCAUGUGUAUUGCAUAUAUUAAUAUGAUCACCAUGCAAGAUUAUAUUAAUGCAUUUUAUAAAAUUUUAAAAUUUAGGUAUGAAUAAUAUACAUUUAUUUGAAAAAAAUUAUAUUACUAAUAUGUUAAAUACAUUUUUAUCUUCAUAAAAUAAUUGAAAACAUUAUGACACUCUUUUUUAAUGAAUGCUUGAGGAAGAAGUCCCAUAAUGCACCACGACGAUUAAGAAUACUGUAUUUGAAGCACUGAUACUUCUAAAAGUGCAUCUUGUAGAUAGGUACAAUCAUUUCAUAGUCCUUUGUUUAAUAUUUUGUAUUUGUAGUGAAUUUCUUGUGUUUGUGAUGAUUCAUUAGCCAAGGUUUUUUUUGUUAUUUAAAUACUUUGAAAUUAUCAGAAUAGUCUUUUUUAAAACUGGUUUCCCAGCAAAUCCUUUCUCCACCUCACCCAUUCUGUUUACUUUCCCCCUCCAGCAUUUAACUCAUGGGACCAAUUCCUUUUCUACUUUUUUCAACACAAAGAGUUGAAUAAACUUUGAUGUAAUCAGUAAAACAUUUUGGCAUUAAAUCCGAAUUUCUUUUUUAAAUUGAUUUUUGACUGUUUUAUUUUAAAAAUUGAAUGACUAUCAAAAUAGUAAUAUCAGUUAUGCAGAACAUCCAACUUCAUGUGAUUUUUUUUUUUUUUUUUUGCCUGUUUCAUAUAGUUUUUAAUGGAUUGUUUUUAUUUUAUUUGGUUAUAAACAACUAUAAGAAAUAGUUGAUGUGAUAGAAUUUUAUUUUAAAUUAAUUCUAUAUAAUUUUCACUUCAACUGUAGGUGUAAGUUUGGGCAUAUACCUAUAGAUUUGUUCAAAGAAAAAUAAAUAAUUGAAAUAAUAUUUAAUUUUUGCAGGUUUUUUUAAUACAUUUAUUUUUCUUUGUAAGCUCUCUAAUAAUGGAAUUUUAAUUCUUACUAUUUGGAAGAAAUAAACUAGGAAUUGAUAAUCAACCUUUUGUAUAAAUUAAUAGAUAGAAUUAUAACAACAAUUUUUUCAUCUAAAUUAAACAAAAAAAGUAUAUUUGUUGAUUGAAAUUUUGUAAAAUUAAAAUUAUUCCAAAAUAUUUAAUGAUGAAAAAUUUUUAUUCAUGAACUUAAAGGCAUUAAAAAUAUCCAUUUGAAAGAAGCUGGAAAGUCCCUUUUAAUUUAGAACUUAAAAUAGAUUUAAUUGAGUGCAGAAAAUAAGCAUUCUCAAUUAAAAACUUUAAAUUUUUUCUUCUUUUAUGGGGUUUAAUGUAAUGCAAAAAGAAAUAUUUGUUAUAAUGUAAUUUAUUCAAGUUUCUCAUAGAAUUGGUCCUCUUAAACAUUUGAUUUUUAUAUUAAAACUAUUCAGGUAAAUUAAAAAAAAAUGUCUAUAAUAUUUGACUAAUUUUUGUAGUUUUGAAAAUGUUCAUUGGUAUUCUAAAAAAAAAUUUUUUUAGUGAUUUUUUUAAUUACAUUUUUUUUCUCUUAAAAAACAAAUAAAAUUUUAAAAUUAAAAUUUUAUAAAUGAAAAAUAGAAAACUGUAUUUAAAUUAAAUGUUACAUUUGUGAAAAUUUUAUUCCAUAAUUAUUUAUUGUAAAAUAUGUGUCUUCCCCUUUUGAUCAAUCAAAAUGUUGCUGAAAAAUGUAAUACCUUUGUUGUUGUAGUAAGGAUUACUUUUCUUUUUAUUAAUCAUUUUCUAUUAUUUCCACUGUAAAUGUUAAUUUCUGAAAGAAAUAUCUAAAGUAAAAUGGGAUAGUUUAUGAAAGUAAACUUAUGAAAUUGGAAAGGAUUUUUACAUUUGAUUGUAUUGAUUUCAUUUUAAAAGUGUUUUCUAAGUUUUUUGUUACAAUAUCAUAAAAUAAUUUAUGAAGGGAACAAAUGCAUUCAUUUAUAUAGCAUGUUUCUUACUUGUAAAAAACGAAUACAAUAGUUCAAGUCAUAUUGAAAUAAAUUUUAUAUUUAAGUGAAGGUUUUAAUUAUAAGAAUUUUUCUUUUCCUGGAUUUGUUUAAUAGCUAUUUCUGCAAAAACUAAUAAUCAAUACAAUUUUUAUUGUCUGGGAUACUACAUUCUGAGUUUACACUUUCUAGAUAUUUUUUGAAUUGUUAAGGAUAAACUUCAAUUUCUCUUUUUAUGAUAUUUUGAAUUCUGCAUACUGUACUCAUGUAAAGCCUUACACAUAUGUGCAUUUUAUCUUGGAAAAGUUUAUACAUUUAAUAUUGAAACCUUCUGAACACAAUAGUUUUCAGGUUAAUGUAUACUCCACUGUAGUUAGAUUAGCUUCUUCAUAUUGUUAUUUAUAGUGUUUGUGUGGGGUUGUAAUGCAGUUCAUAAUGUGUAUUUAUGUAAUGGAGACUAGUAUGGAAAAAAAUCAGCUACAUCACUGCCAUAUUUUAUAUGUGUUUUUAUAUCACAUAUACUGUGUUGUAUUUAUAAUAGUCUCUUGCAAAAGUACUGCCCUUUCGCUAGAUUUUAAUUUCAUAUGUAUUAAAUUGAAUUUCAUUUCCAUCGUCAAAGGGCAACAAGUACAAAAACAAACCAUUACAUCUUUUCAUGUUUGCUCUUUACCAAAAUAUUGUUUCAUAAUGAGUUUAAAUCAAAGAUAAAAGCCCCAUAAGUGAAACAGUGUUGAAAUUUAGAGGUAUUUAACUUUUCAUGUCAUAUCUUAAAAAGAGAGCAAUCUUAUUAAUUUAAAAAUAGUAGUAAAUAAAAUAAAAUAUUUUAAAGUUUUUUUUUACCCAUAUUUAGGAAAAUCAUUAAUUAAAGGUUGUUUCACUUACAUUCUAUGCAACUUUUACAAUUACUAAAUUUGAAGAUUUCAUAAGUGCAUUUUAUGGUUUAAAGAUUACACUCAUGCCUUUAGUUUUACAAGUGCCAUAAAUGAGGUCUGCUGAGACUUACUAAAAACAGUUUUUAAAUUUUAUAGAUUACAUAAUUUUCUUUUAUACUUUCUUUGUAACCUGCAUUAUUAAAAAUUAAAGUAUUUAUUCAGAAUUUUUGGAAACAAUUUGAAAGUUUGAUUUCAUAAAACAUUAUCUCUAGGCUUUACUGCCUAGUUUGAAAUGGAUAUGUAAUGAAAUAUCUCUGCGGUUUAUCUGUAGGAUACUAAAACUGACUAAAUGCUUUGGGCUUAAUGUCAUAAGUGUUAUAAAUAUUAUUUCUGUCUUUUUUUUCGCCAGAAGUAAAAAAAUUGACCACAUCUGAAAUAUUUAGUGGAGGGUCCAUAGUGUCAGAUUACAUCAUAGAAUUUGCAUCUAAAAAUAUUUAUUGAGAAUUAAACAUAAUAACCCUGACAUUUUAUUUCAAUUCCAAAUUGCAUAUUUGCAUAAAAGUUUUUUUUUUUUUUUUUUCACAAACAGUUGUAGAAUUUUUAAAAUUAAAAACCAUUUAUAUUUUUUUAUUUAUAUUCAUUUGGUUUUUGUCCAAGAGAGUAGAAACUAUUCACAUAGUUUUAUUCUUCAGUGUUUUGUACUUUUGCAAGGGGCUUGCAUCAGAGUUUUCCUCAAUUGUGAUUCUGAAGAGACCAGAGCUCAAGACCAUCGAAGUCCACUGCCUCUAAAGGGGACCCACUAUGUGGGUAUCCUGACAUGAGUCAAGUAUUUUCAGUCUUUGAUUUUUUUUAUACUGUCACGAUUAUACAUUGUAAUAGCUUAUUGUAUACGACUGUUUUCCCACUCGUGCUGCUGCACUGUAACCUGUUAUACAUGAUUUUUGUAUACAUUUGCUAAUGAUACAUGAUGGGUUGUAAAAACAUUCAAACUUAUACAGAAUACAUAAUGUAUUUGACUGUC